UCUCCAUCAUUGUGAAUGAUGAAUACAAGCAAUGAAUGAGAGAGAUCUAUUUUGUUUGAACUGGCUCAAAGAUACGCAUUUAAAAUCCAGUACCAUCCUUGGACAGGCUGGCCUAGGUCAUGAGCUAUCCAAGAUACUUGCGCCGUGGCAAUGGUGUGAGUUAGAGAGAAAGCCAAAUUAGGCAUGUGCUGUAGAAAGCCAUAUGCGAAGUUGAGAAAGCACUCUCAAUCGCACUGGCUUACGCUACUUUACCAAGGCUAGUACAGCCUGUCUCCGAAACGCUGAGCUCGGCGCUCCCAGCCAGGUCAUCACUCAUCCAGCGCCAUUCAUCCUGUCAUCCGUCCAUCUAGUCCCUCGUCUCAUUCUUUAUCGUCCGAUAUCCCAGGAGAUUGUUUCAACUGGGUAGACAAUGAACUUCUUCAAGACCAAACCACGAACACCUCCUGAUAUCGUCCGUGGCUUGCGAGAUGCGAUACCCAAACUCGAAUCCGGGCCUCCAGGCAGUGAGACGAGAAGAAAGGCGGGUGAAGAAGUAUCUAGAAAUCUCCAGGCAAUAAAGGGCAUUCUAUACGGUGAUGGAGGUCCUUUGCCGGAACUCAUUGCGCAACUCGCACAAGAAACGUAUUCCACAGACCUACUACUCCUACUCGUACAGAAUAUUGCAAGGUUCGACUUUGAGGCUCGGAAGGAUGUCGUCCAGAUAUUCAACAAUCUCCUCCGGCGUCAAAUCGGGGCACGGUUACCAACAGUGGAAUAUAUUUGCGCCAGGCAUGAAGAUGUAAUAUUUGCAGCUCUGGAAGGAUAUAGUAACGAAGAGGUUGCAUUGAAUACGGGGAUGGUUUUAAGGGAGAUGUUGCGACACGAACAGUUGGCGAAGAUCUUGCUCUAUUCUGAACAGUUCUACAUGUUUCCUCAUCAUAUAGAGACGACGUCAUUUGGAGUUUCAUGUGACGCAUUCGCAAAUCUCAAAGAGACAUUAACACGACACAAACCAAUGGUCGCUGAAUACCUGGACAAGAACUAUGAUCGUUUUUUCGCCUCUUUCACAACUCUCCUACUUUCAACCAAUUAUGUUACCAAGCGCCAGUCUCUCAAGCUCCUCGGCGAAAUCCUCCUUGAUCGUGCCAAUUUCAGCGUCAUGACCAGAUACAUCGCUCAGGAAUCCAACCUGAAGAUGAUGAUGAACAUGCUUCGGGACAAGAGCAAGAAUAUCCAGUUCGAAGCUUUCCACGUUUUUAAAGUAUUCGUUGCCAAUCCAAAGAAACCACCUCAGAUUGAAACGAUACUAAGGCGCAACAAAGAGAAAUUAUUGACUUUCCUGAGGAGCUUUCAUAACGACAAGGAAGACGAACAGUUCAGCGACGAGAAGCAAUUCCUUAUCGUGCAGAUACAGAACCUGUGACGCUGGACGUCUUUAUAAUAUCUCUUUUUCCUCUCUGGAGAGCAUCUCCUUGUGAUGCACGUAC